AUGAGCGAAUCCAUCAUCCCUCCGCGCAAUUCGUCAGGGAGUAUGAAAAAGACCAUCCAGCCCACUGCCGAUUGGGCGGUUGACAUCGAUCAUGGCGCGGAAACCGAUCUCCAGCGGACGCUAUCCACCCGCCACAUCACCAUGAUUGCCCUAGGGUCAUCGAUUGGCAUGGGAUUAUGGCUAGGCAGUGGAACAUCCCUAGCAAAUGGUGGUCCAGCGGCCAUCUUUAUCGGUUAUCUCUUGAGCGGUACCAUGAUCUGGUCGGUCAGCCAUUCCAUCGGCGAAAUGGCCGUAAUGUAUCCUCUGCCUUCGGCAUUCAUUCAAUGGACCUCGAUCUUUGUUGACCCGGCAGCCGGGUUUGCCUUAGGAUGGGCAUACUGGUUCUCAUACUGGAUCACCAUCGCCAACGAGUUACAAGGUGUCGUGACUGUUCUCAAUUUCUGGACCGACAAGGUGCCCACGGCAGCCUGGAUCACUAUCUUCUGGGUCGUGAUUAUUCUUAUCAACGUGUGGGCUGUCAAGUUCUUUGGAGAAGUGGAAGUUGUUUCAUCUUCGAUCAAAUUCGGGUGGAUUAUCAUUGUUAUUAUCUCCCUGAUUGUCGUAUCUGCAGGAGGCGCCCCUGCUGAGGGCCCUAUCGGCUUUCGGUAUUGGAACUCGUACGCCUUCACGAACGGAUUUAAAGGCUUCCUCAGUGUCAUGCCCACUUGUAUCUUUGCCAUGUCUGGAUCCGAAAACUGCGCUCUGGUUGCAGCCGAAACCUCCAACCCCAGAAGAGCUGUCCCCAAGGCUGUGGGAUCGAUCUGGCUGCGUCUUUCCUUAUUUUAUAUCCUAGGCUCCCUCAUGAUCACUAUUACGGUUGACCCAAAGGACAACAAUCUCUUCGGCGCUUCGGGAGUCAACGCCUCGCCAUUUGUCAUUGCCUAUCGCAACGCGGGUCUCGAGCCUUUGGCCCAUAUAAUGAACGCCGUAGUUUUCAUCUCGGUCGUGUCCACGGGAAGUAUCUCUGGAUAUGCCGGGUCCCGUGCUCUUAUGGGGCUGGCCCAUGUGAAGAUGGCGCCCAAGAUCUUCGGAAAAGCAGAUAAGGUCGGACGUCCCCUAGCCGGACUCUUCAUUACUCUUCUCAUCGGAGGUGGCCUGGGCUACCUCAAUGUGAACAACAGCGGCGAGGAAGUCUUCACAUGGUUCUCCAAUCUCACGUCUCUGUUCACUCUGUUCGGCUGGGGGAUGAUCUGUCUAUCGCACCUCCGGAUGCGUUAUGCCUGGAAAGUCCAGGGCCGCGAUGUAUCCGACCUGCCUUGGAAAAGCUGGACGUUCCCUUACGCGGCCAUCUGGGGACUGGGAUGGUGUAUUUUGCUCAUUAUUGCGGAGUUCUAUCUGAGUGUCUGGCCGCUUGGAGGACAGACCACGGCGAAGAACUUCUUUGCCAACUAUGUCAGUGUUGUUGCUAUCGUCGUCAUUUAUAUUGGGGCCAAGAUCUACUAUCGUGGGCCGUUCUGGGUGGAUUCCCGGACAAUCGAUCUCGACAGUCUCCGGCGGUUCUAUGUCAAGACUGGCGAUGAAGAAUCCGUGGAGGACAAACCGGGCGCGAUGGGGCAUGUCUCCAAAGCGGUUCGAUUUUUGUUCAAUUAA